UCAGCUAUGUAACUAUAUACAGUGUGGGCUCUGACUUUAUCUCAGACACAGUAGUCUAUAUAUCUGCAGGGGCAAAUAGGGCCAAAGCUGGAUUCGCCACAAUGACCAAUAAAAAAACAGACAGACAGCAGAACAGGAGGGUCAGAGCCGGUGUUUUGCCCCACCGGCCAAAUAGGCUAGUGAGCGCAGGACUGCCUAUGAGAAGGCGUCUAAUCGGAUUAGACUCCAGCUCUGGACCCGAGGAACUUUACUUUCUGCACUAACAGCCUUAUAAAAUGCCGCUUUUUAUUAACAGAGACCAGAUUUUUGCUCACCAAGUGCACCUUCUAGAGCACAAACUUCGGAGUAAAGAGGAACGGAUACUGGAGCUGGAGACGGAGAACGCUCUUCUUCACCUGAGACUUGCUGAGUGCAUGGGGAAACUUCGGCGGGAUCAAGAGGAGGAAAUAUCAGCAAAAAGGCGCUGUCAACACCAGGGAAAUGUGCAAAAAAGAACUCGCGCUGCCCUUGCCGUACUUCUCUCAGAAGUGCAGGAUCUGAAACAAGAUUUGCAAGAUGUUUUUGCUGUAUACGUGGGCUUUGCCACAGAACUGGAGAAGCAGAGCAAACAGCUGUUGGAGCAAGUGUCUUGCACAGCUGUCCAGGCUUACCAGGGUGAUGACAUCCAGAAGCUUCAAGCUCAGGUGGCUAUUCUGGAGCAUGGCCUACAGGAGGAGAAGGAGAGGUGUAGAACAGAAAGGAUGAGGAGGAGGCUGCUUCACAAUACGCUGGUUGAGUUGAGGGGUAAUAUCAGAGUGCACUGCAGGGUACGCCCCAUCCUGCCUUUUGACUGCAGUCAAGUUCCAUCAACCAAUGGGUCCUCAUCAUCAGAGGUGGUGGUACAGGCUUUCAGUGAUGAUUCUGUUCUUGUGAACUGCGCCAAACCUGGGAGUCCAGUGAUGAACAAAAUGUUUGAGUUUGAAAGAGUUCAUGGUCCCGAAGACACCCAGGAUGCCGUGUUUGAAGAGGUGAAACCCCUUUUAACCUCUCUCUUGGAUGGGUAUAAUGUGUGCAUCAUGGCCUAUGGGCAGACAGGCAGUGGAAAGACAUAUACAAUGAUUGGAUCCCAACCUGAGGACCUUACAGUCCCUGUACACAACUCCCAGCAGGGCAUCAUCCCCAAAGCAGCAAAUGAGUUGUUCAAGUUGAUCUCAGAGAAGCCUGCAGAGAGUCACACAGUGGAGAUGUCUGUUGUGGAGGUUUAUAAUAAUGAGCUGUUAGACCUCUUGGCCAAAGAUGAGGAGGGAGCCAGAGUGGGGGUGAAAAGAGAAGUCAUCACAACCAGCACAGGCACCAGUGAAGUGCCCUGUCUUACACACGAGUUGGUUGAGAGGUGUGCAGAGGUGAUGCAGUUGAUCAGUGCAGUGUUGAGGCUGAGGGCUCACAGCCCCACGCUGGUGCACAGAGACUCCUCAAGAUCCCACCUCAUUGUCACCCUCACCGUCACCUCCAAAAGCCCCAAUGCUCUGGCGCUGGCUCGUAGGUUGCAGGGUGGCCAAAAGAAUGUCCACCGUGGCUCUCAGAAGGAGUGGUGGAGUCCACGCUGCCGCAGAGCCGCCUCCUCCUGUUCCUCUAGCCCUGCCACCUCCCCAUACCACUCACCCUGCCAAUCACCGUGCCCCUCCCCUCGGCCCAGCAUCUCCCAGACGCCCAUCAGAACAAAGCUGCAACUGGUUGACCUGGCUGGCAGCGAGUCUGUGGGCAUGUCAGGGGUGAGUGGUGCGGCUCUGUGGGAGAACUCCUGUAUAAACCGCAGUCUUUCUGCUUUAUCUGAUGUGUUGGGAGCUCUGGCUGAGCAGAGGCCACAUGUUCCCUACCGCAACAGCAAACUCACCCACCUUCUGCAGGACUCCAUAGGAGGGGAUGCUAAGCUGCUGGUGAUGCUGUGUGUGUCUCCUACUCAGCGCUUUCUGACAGAGUCUCUGCAGUCUCUUGGCUUUGGCUCCAGAGCCCGACAGAUCCAGAGAGACCCGCCACGCAGGAAAAACACUGGAAUAAAGAUGAAGUAAACCAGCAGAGAGAUCAAUGGAAGAGGCCAUGCCAUAAAAUCUGACAGAAAGGAAGGGUUUUACAGCUUAAGUGACUGGCCUGUAUGUGAGUUUUCAUGAUAGGACUUCUGGUCAAGUGACGGAUCACAAGCUGAACACAAGACAUCGCAUCUUGUUAACUGUGAUGGUGUAAAACAUUAACUGAAGAGUAAAUAGUGUUGCAUGUAAGUCCUGUAUACAUGAUGUGUUUUUAAUGUGAUGAUUUCAAACUGAACAUUUGAACCAACAGAUUACACCAGAAUGUGCAUCUUUAUUCAACAAGAUGUUUACAAUUCAUUGUAAAUGAAUUGCUGAAAUGAAAUGCUGAAAUUCAUUGUAGUCACCUGAUUUAACUUGUUCAGUCUGUUGGUCUUCGUACUGUUGGUUAGUUAUUUUCUUUGUGCUCCUGCUUUAACGGAAUGAAAUCUUGCAGGCACUUUGGCCUUUGUGGAUAAAACUGGUAGGCUAAUGAUAGGUCUUAUGUCAAGUUGGAUGAUAUGGCAAAAAUAUAUCGGGAUACUUAGGAAAUUUUCACAAUACACGAUACAUCAUAAUAUUUAUUUUUUCUGACUUCUGAUAAGUUGGAAAAGAGGGAAAAAAGAACCAGUAGUUCUUCAUUUUAAUAAUAAUGAAAAAGAAAAUGAUGAAAAUAAUGAAAAACUGUGAACACAGUGAUUUUUCUUCAAUGUUUGGCAUACUGUGUUACACUAAAUUGAGUUAAAUGGGACCUAGUUUGCCAUUACUUUGUAAUGAAACAUUUAGUUGGUCAGUGUUCUGUUAGUAGUAGCCCUGUGUCUCGCGAGAUCUUUUUGAGAGUAUGAGUGGAGCACAAGAUAAUGAUGUUUAAAGCAUUUUGAUGUUAAGCGGACAUGCAGUACGUGGUAGACUGUGCUUUUUUAGAAUAUCAUACUUGUGCUUGUUGAUGCCUUUUCACUGUAGCCCUACUUGUUUAUUCUGUGUCCCUUUUUUAGUUAAAUAUUCCAGUCCUGGAAGGACGGAGUCAAGCGUGGUUUGAUCAUUUCCCAACAAAACUGUAGUGCUAUAUGUUUGCAUACCCCUGACCUAGAAUGAAGGUGACCCGGUCUGGAGUCCAGUUUAAUGUCCCUGUGUUGUGAAAACUGAACUGGACUCUGUGCUUGAGGAAACCUGGCUUAGAAGAUGGGAUAGAAAGUGAAUUUUUUAUAUGCAGAAUACAUUAUUUAUUCUAUGACAUCUCACCUUAAUUAAAACGUUGCAUACAGCUUC